AUGGCAGCGAUCCUUACGAACGAAGCACUCCGGCGACCAGCAGGCAAGCAAAGCAAUCCAGCAAGCAAUCCAGCAAGCGGCGGCGGCAGGGCGGCAGGCAGUCAGUCAGUCAGUCGGUCAUCAGUCAGACAGACACGCGUACAUCCUCCACGCGAGACGACGAUUGAAGAACAAGAGGAGGAGAUUCAUCACGACAGCCAUGUGCAUCCCGGUGGCAGGGAAGCACUUGGUGCGGCUGGAUCGUCACAUCCCAUCAUCACCAUCACCAUCACCACCAUCAUCAGCAUCAACAUCAACAUCAUCAUCCCUCAUCUCAAAUGCUUCGUGGUGGUCGGGUGGAAUCACCCUGGACUAGGAUCGGAGAUGCGCGAUCGGGUCCUUCCUCUGCCCGCCGCCUACCUCCCUGCAGUAAUGAAUGAUAAUGGGCACAUGUCAUAUAGUUGCUCCUCUUGCGGUGUAGUCACUCACUCACUCACUCACUCUCACACACACUCUCUCUCUUUCGACGACGUUGUCUGUCUUCGGAUGGACAAAGUUGCUAUCGGGCUCUAA